AUGAAUAUCGUGUUUGUAUGCACGAGCAACACAUGUCGCUCCCCAGUCUCGCAGCAUUUUGCUAUCGAGUACUUCCGUCGCAAGCUGAAUAUGACGGUCGAGCAACUGGAAGAGAAAGGAAUUAUUAUUCGGUCUGCAGCAUUAACGAAUGUGUUCGAUCCGGAGGGCUCUUCAGCGUCUAAGUACUCCGUGGACGUGAUGAAAAAAUAUCAGCUUGACUUGUCGAAUCAUCGCUCCCAGCUUUUAACGGAGAAAAUGUGCUUGGAGGCUGAUUAUGUAGUGUGCGUUGCCACUGGCAUGACGUACAAGGUCAUGGAAAAAUUUCCAAGGAUUAAAGAACGAGAUGGUGUGCUAUGUACCUUCUCGCGAGACUUACCUGACCCAUGGCACAUGUCGUACGACACUUAUAUGGAAAACAUAGCACAAAACGAGGAAUUGACGCGGGAAUUUCUUGACAGACACCCCAAACCAAACUUUUACUGCGAUAUUGCGCUUUAUUAUGUUAUUCUACAACCGUCUUAA